AUGGGAAGAAAUAAGUCCCAUGCGCCGUACCUUGGGGUAUUAGAAGAUGGCCUCAACACAUUACAGCGCAUACAACAGUGGGGAGCUGCCGCAGAGCUGUUAUACACCCCGAACAGCCUUGUGAGCAGCCCACAGAGCUCGAACGAACCGCACGCAUUAACUGUGGCCCGUCAAAUCGCUACCAUCAUGGCGCGACUGAAUGAAUUGUGUAGACGUGAAGCAGAGGUGCUCCUAACGCCCCGAUUGGCUCUUCUAGAACUGGCGGACGUUAUCCGUCACGGUCUUGUCUCCUUUCACCAAGAGGGUUUUAAUGGCCAAUUAGGCAAUGCCGAGGUGCUGGCCAAGUACGUCGCCCAUCGUACAGCUCCGCAGUGUGGCGUAAUAGAAGGGUUACAUGUUAUCACAUGGGUGAGCGUGAAACUACGCAUAGAGUUGUUUAUUGAGCAACUACGCAAACGGGUUGAUGGGGAACUUGCAGCAGCGGAGGGUGGGGGCAGCCGCACUGAGCAGCAACUGUCUGCAUUGCGCACCACACAGCUGCUGUUCAAUGACUUUGAAUCACUUUACGACAAUCUCCUUGUUACUUUUCCGUGCGUUCAGUAUGCGGACACAAUCCCUGAGGUGGGUGCGCAGCUGAUGCCAAUCCUCUUGAAACAAUACUAUCAAAUUGCAGAGUGGGUGGAGCUGGUAGAGUCCAACAACGCGCUCCCUCCCUUAACCGAGACGAGAGUGCAGUCCGUUGACGCGGAAUCUUCAUCCUUCGUGGUACGCCGUCAAAACCCAGAGGCACCUUUGGGUCUCGUCUUCAAUGAAUGUGGCCGCAUAGUUGAAAUAGAUCCUUCCGUCCGCAGUGCAUCGGCAUCUGGGGAAGAGCUGCAUCGGCUCCUGCGGUGCAGCGAAAAGGGGGCAGUGGUAGUCGCAGUCAAUGGAAAACCAAUACCGCGCUCCCCACCGAGCAAACCAUCAAAGGUGCUGGAAAUGGUUCACGAUGCCGUGAAGAAGAACAAGCGGGUUGUCGUGAAAGUGGCCAAGGAGCUAUUUAAACAACCAAAAGUUCAUCAGUUAGCGUUUAUAAUGCCAAACCAGGGAGGUGAAGGCUCUUCCGGCCAGCGCGCCACACUAGUGCUUCACCGUAGUGACCGGCUCACUCCUUGGGGUUGCCAAUUUGAUCAAGACUUAAUUAUAAACAAGAUCCCCAGGCGGGAAUUAUCCGAGGAUGCUAAGAAUUUCUUCACAGAGUACAGUGACCGAGUGAGCAUCACGGCUGUGAACGGUGUUGAAGUGACGACGGUGGCUCAGGCGCAAGCGCUUUGCUCUGACACAGAGACUGCGGUAUUAAGCCUUGUGGUCGUUACACCUGCAAUGGCCCAGCAGCGAAAGAACCGCACCACGAGACAGGACACGUCGGUAACCUUGACCCCACAACAGAUUGAACAGCUUCAAGAGACGCCGCUAGUUCCUGAACAGAAAACUCUACCUCCUCUGAAUCAAGCCCCGGCGGAAUUGUUGGAAAGCGACAGUGUCGUUGAUGGCAAUCUCGAUGCAGCUCUGCUCUCAACCUCUAUGGAAGACACCGGUGAGGUGGAGGAUGUAACCCAUGAACCCCAUUCACAGGUGGAGGAAGUGGACAUGAACACGUAUCAGCGCGUGGCAAUUGAUGUACACCACGGGGAAGAUUUGGAACAGGAAGAGCGGCAGAAACAACAGCACCUGGAGAGUGAAAGGCAUCUCGAACCAUCAGGCUUAGAAGGGUCAACGGAUGCAGAUGCUCCAGGUCCACUCGUUUUUCCCAACGAUGUUGCCAUCGAUCUGCUUACUCCGUCAGAGAUGGUAAUCCGGCGGCCAUCCACAGAAGAUAGAUGGGGUCUCGUGCUUAACAAAAUUGGAACAAGCUCAGGGGAUGCACUGCGUGUCUUACAGCUUCCGGAGCUCCCGCCAAAGGGCGACACUAGGCGAAAGCAUCCGUUUUACAAGACGUUCAAAAAUCCAUCCGUACCGACGGAGUGGCGCAUCGAGAGCGUCAACAACACGCCAGUUUCAAAGGCAGCAGACAUACUUGAAAUAAUGCGAAAAUCUCUCAAGCUGAGUAUUAAGUUUUUCAAGCUUUGA